UGCGCGAGUGCGAGCAUGAUUUCCUCGAUCACGCACGAAAGUCAAGAUAGAACUAGAACCGUGAGAACUCAUUAUAAAAGAAGAGAGGCAGCUACUCUCGUGCUAGACUCUCGAAGUUUUCGACACCUUGUCAACAUGGGAAAUCUCCACAAGUUUGUGCUCAUCGCCUCGCUGUUGGUGGUGUGCAUCGAAGCAAACAGCACGCUGGAUGUCUUCACGGUGGGGUGCCAAGAUCCCGGAACAAGCUUCACUGCAUCAACAGCCGGUUCUUCGUGCUCCAGCACUUGCUUGGUUGACAUCCCCCUUGGCUAUAGAUUCAGCUUCGAUGGGCAGUUCGGCCUCCUCUUUAGCCUGCCCAACUGCCUUGGCACGACUACGGUCUUGAAUUCCACCCGAGAAGUCUGUGCAGUGGGGAGCUCCAGCCCAAUCAAGUCUUUCAAGUUCGCCUGUGUCAAAUAAGUUUGCAGUACUGAUCCGAUAUGUAUCUUCGAAGUCCCUCUAUACGUACAAACCAAGUUCUAGUACCUUUAA